AUGAAGCUUCAUGGGUACAGAGGCAAAGCUCCACUGGGUCUGCUGGUGUUCAUCGGAACAGCUGACAAGAGGCUCCUCAAGCCCCAUGCCUUCUACCAUGUGCACCGCAUCAUGGGGAAAACCGUCACCACCCCUAGCAACGAGAUAAUGGUCAAUAGCACCAACAUCCUGGAGAUCCCUCUGGAGCCCAAGAACAACAUGAGAGCAGUGAUUGACUGUGCUGAGAUCCUAAAGCUGAGAAACGCUGACAUUGAGCUGAGGACAGGAGAGACAGACAUCGGACGGAAGAACACCUGUGUCCGUCUGGUAUUCCGGGUCCAUAUUCCCCAUCCAGGAGGACAGUAUGUCUCUCUUCAAGUGGCCUCCCUUCCCAUUGAGUGUUCCCAGAGGUUGGCCCACCAGCUUCCCACUGUAGAGAGUCAGGACGUAGACCGCUGCUCGGUUCUAGGGGGGCAGCAGAUGAUACUGACCGGACAGAACUUCACCUCUUAUUCCAAGGUGGUGUUCACGAAGAAUACACCUGGCCACUGA